CUUAGUUGACUGUAUCUCUCUCUCCCCCUCCAACUCACGUCGCUCGUCAGCUCGUCCCGCACGCGUGGUCGAGUUUAGUUAGCCGCGCGUACUCGAGGCAUUCGUCGUCUUUCUUUACAUCGUUGUUAUCGUAUUCCUCACGUCGUAAGCCGGACGAGAAGUGCGCACGUCGAUAAAUAAGGAAAUAAUACAAGAGGGGGGAGAGGAAAUUGACUCGUGAUAUUAUCGUUGUGAAUUUAAUUCGUCGUAUCAAACACACACACACAUAUAUAUUCGUUUUCUUUUUGUUUAUUAUGUGAUAUAAGUUACGACGAUUCGAGUAACUCAAGCCAAUUCGUCGUAGUGUUUGGAAAAACCCAAGAGAAAAAAAAACGAAAAAAAAUUCCAAAAUUAGAGAAGGAAAGAAAAAGAAAGAAACUUAAACGAUAGCACAACAAGGAGGAGGAAAAACCGGUGGUGUUGCGCUUCAAGUGGAAAAAUGCGAAGGGGACGAAGCGUCUCGUUACGCCGCCUCCUCGUAGUCGUGGCUCUGCUAUCUCUUUCUGCGGUUGCUUAUGGUUUGGCAGGUAACGACACCAAACGACCAAGGCCGUGCAAUUCUUCGGACGCGGAUGUAUCGUGCGGCGAGAAUCAAAGAUGCAUGGAAGAAAAGAAGAAUGAACGAAUAGAAGGGGUGUGCCAAUGCUUACAAGGUUACGAGUUCGCAGAGGAUGAUGAGUGCAGGCCUAGUGUAUCGCAAAUUCCAGUCAAUUCGCCAACUGUUAAACCAGAUCAGACAGAAGAAUCAGGAGGUAGUUCAGUAGCUGGCCUCUUGAUACCAACCUUUCUCAUAAUAAUCGCUGUCGUAUUAUAUUUCGGUGCAAGACGGUACAGAUGGGUCCAACGAUUUCGACAAUACGGACAAAAUUACGGCAACGUCCUAGUCACAAGAGAUGACGAUGACGAUGAUGAUCCUCCGAUAGCGUAAGAAGAGACGAAAAAUGCUUAGAAGAUAAGAAAAAGAAGAAUAAGAAAAGAAUAUAUGUAUAAAAAGAAGAGAAAAAA